AUGGUCCAAAGAAUAAUGGCCCAAUGUGUGGAAACCGAUGAGGUUUUGGGUAAAAAUCAGAGUGUAUUUACCAUCGUCGACCAAUCUGACACUGAUCACACCUUUCUACCAAUGACCGUCAGCACCGAUCGGCAGGCAAUAAUCCAGAAUUUCCCUCGAUUCCAUCGAUUGUUCAAUGAUACUGACCUUGAGCUUUUACUUGAUCAAAUCCAAUCCAUCCUCCACAGCCCUGUUGCUGUCAAGAAGGACUAUCAAAAUGUGCUGUUUGUUAUUACAAAUGUUGGAUCAGGAAAUUUCACCCAAGUGAAGUCGGAUUUCUUUGACCAAUUGACCGGAAUCAUAAAAGGAAUGCCGCCGGAUAGUUUUUACCCGAUCGUCCGAUUUUUGUGGACUCAGGCCGAUUUACUGAGGGAAGAGGACAACACCACGCUACAGAAGAUCGGCGAGCUCAGCGACGUCGGACAAUACUUUGAAGCUUCUGCUGAGGACUACUUGAAUGAUAUUGCAAUUAUGGAUACCUAUGGCAUGUGCCCGCCGAUGCCGGCAGGGAAACUCCCCUCGUUUCCAAAGCCCUCCAAGAAAUUCCCACUAUCUUACAUUCUAUCAAACGAGGCAAAUUACGUGGCGGUGAAAACUGUUCAUGGCUAUUCGACGGCAGAGGAACGAAAGGAAUUCCUGCAAGAAAUCGAAUUUAUGAAGAAGCUGGAAUAUCACCCACAUAUUCUAUCGUUAAUUGGGUGCUCGAGUGACGCGAAAUUUCCGCUGAUUUUGACGGAACACUGUGAAUUGGGCGACCUAUUGACAUUAGUGCGGAAGUUGGGGGCACAGUAUGCAAAUGAGAUAAAAAUUCUCGAAUUUAACGAUCUCGUUCCAAUUGCGUGGCAAAUCAGUGAUGCUUUGACUUUCCUCGCCAGCAAACACAUAAUUCACCGCGAUGUUGCAGCGAGAAAUGUGCUGCUGAAUAAACAUAAAAUGGCUAAACUCUCCGAUUUCGGACUUUGCCGACAUUCAGAAGAACUCUUUUAUCACAGUCGCGGCGGGAAACUACCCAUCAAAUGGAUGGCCCCAGAAUCGAUUGAAUUUGCCAAUUUUUCGACGAAAUCUGAUGUCUGGUCAUUCGGGAUCCUGCUUUAUGAAAUGUAUUCAUUUGGCAAAACGCCAUUCCAUUCGCUGAAUCAAGAAGAUGUUCUACCCCAUUUAAAAUCGGAGAAACGACUGAUGAUUCCAGAAGACACGCCAGAAUGGAUG